UAAUAUAACAACUGGAAAUUAAGAAUGGACGUCAGUUUGGUUUUGUUUAUGGUGUUAACAUUUCAAGGAAUUUUUGCAAAUUCAAAUAGAACUGUUAGUUUUGAAACUAUUAAUACGUUCCUAAUGGAGGUGUUUGCCGAUGAUUUGAGGCAUGAGGCUUUGGUUAGCGAACUAAAAAAAUCCUCUUCUGAUGUUAUUUGUUUACAAGAAGUAUGGAGUGAUUUAAGACUAUCAAGGUUAUGCGAAAAUUUAGCAGUGUCUUACCCAUAUUCAUACAGUUCCUUACACGCUAAGGAUGGUUUUCUACCUGUUUCAUUAGGAUCAAUGCAGAGUAAAUGUCGUAAGGGUGCACUGGAACGAGUACUAGAAUGUUCUGUAUCAGCUUGUAAAAAUGAAAGAAGUCUCGAUAAAUUUUUCGAAUGUAAUUUUAAAAAAUGCAAAAUAUUACAAACACUUGGUGCAAAGUGUUUUGAAUGUUAUGUUAUGCAGGCGAACAUAUGCAAAUAUAAAACAUCUACAAGGUUAAGCUUAACUGAAUUCCUUAUAUGUUUAACGAAUGAUCUAUUUUCUCAAAAUGGAAUGUGCACACAAUUGGGAAGUGAACCAAAUCGAAAUCUAGGACUGUUAAUAUUGAGUAAAAUUCCACUUAGAGUUGAUUCUUUAACAACGUUUAUUUACAAUGAAAAUGUUAUUAUUAAAAGAGGAAUAUUGGAAGCUAAACUGGAAGAUGAAUAUGAAAGCCUUGUAAGUUGUACUCAUCUUUCAGCGGAUUCGUCAUCAUUCUUUGAUUACGCCGCUGGAUUUAAUUCCUGGUUUGAACUUAAACAAGACGAAAUAAAUACUCUUAUUAAUCGUUAUUCGGGCAAGUCUAAUGUAUAUAUUAUGGGAGAUUUUAACGUUGGACCAGAACUGCCAAAAGAAAAUAUAAAUGGAUACUUUCCUGAGUUAUAUAAGAAACUAAGUGAUUCUGGAUUCAAUAAUCUAGCUGUAGACUAUCUGCAUCUAUGUAGCUUUUGUAAGAAGAAUAUGCUUGUAAAAGUUGUUUAUAAGGAAAAAGCUGAAAAUUUGAUAAUUGAUGGAAUAAUACCAUUAAAAGUAUCAAGAGAAUUUAAAACUAUCAAGAGGACAGCAAUGAAGAAUAUUAGUUUACCCUUAAAUUUUGACUUUUGUGUUUCUGAUCAUUGGGGAAUAAAGGCUUCAUUUUAUGAUUAUUAG